GCAGCGGCGGGUUGAAAGUGGCCAGAAGAUCCGGCGCCGGAGCUGGCGGCGGCCUCGUCUCUUGCCUCUCCCUGAGCGGAGUGUCGUGGCCUUCAAGGGUGCGGACGGCCGGGGAGGGUUCGCCCAUCCGUCCCGUGGCUUCUCAGCGUCUUUUCUCACGUCCUGUCGCAGUAGGUGCCGCUUUUGGGCUGCCUCGUUCUUCGAGGAUGCCUGCUCAGAAACUUCAGCCAGAAGGUAGCAUUCAAGAACAGAAUGAUGAUGAUGGCAGUAGUAAUUCAAGUAAUAUUGGAGCAAAGGAAGCUAAGCAGGGGAAUGAUUUGCUUCCCGGUGAAUAUCAUAUGGAAGACCAUUGGAAAGUGCAAGCCUUGGAGAACAGAGUCUCUGCCUCAUCAACCGAUACUUCUUUUGGAACAUUACGAAAGGGGUCCAUGCUGCUAAUUGAUCGGCAGCAGAUUCAGUCAGUAGCACCUAAUGAUCAAGCGCUUGAGCUCAGAGGACUAGGCGUUGAUGUGUAUGACCAAGAUGUCUUAGAACAUGGAGUCCUUCAGCAGAUAGACAAGGCCAUAAAUGAAGCAGCUAAAGUGGAUCGAAUUGAUGAUGCUGAAACAGAGCAGCAGCCCAAAUCAGAAGACGUGGGAACAUGUACCUCAUCUCUGAAACCAUACGCUACAGUUCUUGAACAAUUUACUCCUCAGACUAAUAAGGAUAUGAGUAGAAAACUGGAUUCUGGGAAUGAACAAAACUAUAACAAGGAGUUUAAAAAAAUGAAAACAAAACAAAAGCACCUUCAGCGUAUUGGUGAAGAAAAUCCUGAUGAAGGAACAGUUGGUGCUGCAGUUGAAGAAUAUGAAGCUAAGAAAUCAAAUGAUGAGUUUGGAGACCAUUUUGAUCCUGGUCCUUCAUCCCUUGGAAGUAUGCUUAUGUCAGCGCAGGGAGAAACUGAAUGGGAGAAGCUUAUCCGAACUGGUCAGAUGACUCCUUUUGGAACGAAAAUACUUCAGAAACAAGAGAGGAAACCCCGUAGGAUAAUGCUGAAUGAGACAUCAGGUUUUGAAAAGCAUUUGGCAGAUCAAGAAAAGCUCUUGUUUGAGAGGAAGAAAGCAUCAUUUCAUAAAGGGGGCAAGCAUAAACUGCCCUCAGAGAGUAAUCAAACCAAAUCUCUAGUUUGUUUCAUAAAAGGCAAGGGAAACAAGAACAAAGGGCCAUCAAAAGAUGAUAGCCAUCUUCAGAAGCAUGCUCUUUGUGUUCAAGCAAAAGCCAGGUUUCAUAAGGCCAAGGAGUUGGAGGAAAGGGAACAACAGGAGGAUUGGGAGGAUUCUGGAUGCAUGUCUUAUGAAGACCUUAACAUUUCAGAUGAGGAAGAACAAUUUUUUCAGGAGGAUGAUAAUGAGAAACCUAUGUCAUGGGAAAAGGAAUACUUGCUAAAGCAAGAAUGUCAUGAAGACGACAUGGACCAUGAUUUCUUCCCAAGCUCUUCAGAAGAAGACGACGACAUUAUUAGGAAGCGGAGAAUAAAGAGAUACAAAGAUGAUGGCAAUGAAGAUUACUAUAAGCAAAGGUUAAGGAAGUGGCACAGACAGCAACUGAAAGACCAAAAAGGGCGACAGAGGGCAGGAGAAGAGUCUGAUGAAAGCGAUGUGGAAUUUCUUGAGGGUUUUAAAGUUCCGGGUAAUCUCUUCAAGAAACUUUACAAGUACCAGCAGACAGGUGUUAGGUGGCUCUGGGAAUUGCACUGCCAGCAGGUAGGAGGAAUUCUGGGAGAUGAGAUGGGAUUGGGCAAGACCAUCCAGAUAAUUGUGUUCUUGGCAAGCCUGAGUUACAGCAAGAUCAGGACUCGUGGUACAAAUUACAGGCAAGUGCUCUUUUGCAGACUGUCAGUCUGUGAAACUUGAUUAAUAUUUCAUUGGAUGUAUUGCCAUAGAGAAGAAACAUAUUCAUUAUUAAUGAUAUUUCAAUUACAAUAUUUCUUUAAUUCUUACUGGGGAACAUCAAAGAAUUUUUUUAUGAGACAGUGGAGCUAGAGGGCAGGAAAAAUUAAACAUGUAACACUCUUAAUGAAUUCCAGGCAUUGAUGCUUCAUUUUUUAGAUGAGCCUCACCAGAUACUAUGGGUCAAUACUGUUUGUAAGGCUAGGUAGCGCCAGUGGAUUGUUUACAAGCUUUAGAUAUGUUAAUAUUGAUAGUUUACAUACUGUGGAAUUUUCAAUUAGAUGUAACACUUUUAGAGGUUGUAUUAUAUUUAAGGAAAGGGAAUUAGAUCUAAAUAUUCGUCAUCAAUCAAUCAAUGUACAGUUUCAACCUUAGAGAUAUUUUAGCCGGGCAACAUGCAGUGUGGUCAAUACAAAUCCAGUGUAUUCAAAAAGCUGUAUUAUUUUCAUAGUAGUCUGUUCUAUCCUCAUCCAAAUCCUAAGAUCUAGUCCAUAAUGCAUCCUCCUCCAAUUUAUCCCAAUUUGAUACUCAGUUCAUAUACAUUCCUACCUCAGAAUAAGAAGCAAACUGCUGAGUUUGUGCAAAAAGCAGGAGGAGGAGAAAUCUCAACAUGAAAACUGCCCAAGCAGGUAGGGAUCCCUCUUAGUAGGAAGAAGUUUCAGGCUCCAUAAUGAUGACAAAUUGAAAGCUGAUUAAAGCACCUCAAAUUGUUAUUGAUUUGGGCUUCAGCAUUAGAUACAAGGCUAUAAGCACCCCAGCCUGAAUGGAGCAACAUAGCAGGACCUGAGCACUUGCUUGGGAUGCAAUUGUGUGUGGUAAGCUACCCAUACCUGCUUUCUUUACCCUCUUCAUACCUGGGCAGCUAGUAGGAAACCCAUGAUGUACCUUAUCUCAUUCCAGUUGGGUCUUCAUUGAAAUACAAGGACAAGUGGCCUUGUGCAAACAGAACAUCCAGAGAGAAUCUGUAAUGGAGUCCCCAGCGCCUGGGAAAGUAGAUAGUGGUUUGCAAAAUAUGGGGCUGGGACAUUUACACAUUCACCCAUCUCAGGGAAGCAAAUAACAAUCUCUCCACUGCCUUGAAGAGGUAGUCAGCAAGAAGAUCCUCACCCUAACAAACUUACUGAUGCAUGGGGUACUAACAUACUCAUACAAGUAGUCCUCG